CCCCCCCCGCCCGCCUUUUCACUUCCACGGCAUCUCCGCUGGCCACCCACAUCCUCCUCCCGAGAUCACGAGACCACGCCACUCUCUCCCUUGCUUUUGGGCGACGCAAGGUUCACGGGAGAUGAGAGAUCUGAACCUAGCCGAGCUGGUCUUACUCUGCUCUGCUCUACUCCAUCUCAUGCGGCCGAGGUAGCGUCCGCGGCGGCCUCGUUCCCGGAGAUGAAGCCGCGGAGGUUUGCCUGCGGCCGGUGCAGGCGCGCGGCGGCGCUGCUCCUGCUGCCGCUCCUGCUGCUGCUGUGCCUCUGCCUGAGCAGCCUCUUCGUCCUCCUGCUGCACGGCUCGUCCGCGCCCCUGGAGGCGGCGGAGGAGGAGAAGGCGGCGGCCGCGGGGGGAGCGCGGGGGGAGGCCGUAGCAGAGGUGGAGGAGGCGCCGCUGCCGCCGGGGAACGCCAGGGUCGCCUUCCUCUUCAUCGCGCGCAACCGCCUCCCGCUCGACCUCGUCUGGGACGCGUUCUUCCGCGGUGACAAGGAGGGGAGCUUCUCCAUCUUCGUGCACUCAAGGCCGGGUUUCGUGCUCACCCGUGCCACCACCCGAUCCCGGUUCUUCUACAACCGCCAGGUCAACAACAGCAUCCAGGUGGAUUGGGGGGAGGCGAGCAUGAUUGCGGCCGAGCGCAUCCUGCUCAGCCAUGCUCUCAAGGACCCGCUCAAUGAGCGCUUUGUUUUCGUCUCCGACAGCUGUGUACCAUUGUACAAUUUCAGUUAUACUUAUGACUACAUAAUGUCAUCGUCAACCAGCUUCGUAGACAGUUUUGCUGAUACAAAGCAGGGACGAUACAAUCCAAGAAUGGACCCAAUUAUCCCAGUGGAGAAUUGGAGAAAAGGCUCACAGUGGGCUGUGCUAAUUAAAAAGCAUGCUGAAGUUGUGGUUGAUGAUGAAGUGGUGUUGCCAGAAUUCCAGAAGCAUUGCAGGAGGAGGCCCUUGCCGGAGUUCUGGCGGGAUUGGGAUCAUCCUAUUCCUGCGGAGGCAUGGAAAGCCCAUAACUGCAUACCAGACGAGCACUAUGUUCAAACGUUGCUUGCACAAACUGGUCUUGAAGAAGAACUUACGCGGAGAUCUGUUACACAUAGUGCAUGGGAUCUUUCAUCUUCUAAAGAUCGUGAAAGACGAGGAUGGCAUCCUGUAACAUAUAAAGUCUCUGAUGCUACUCCUGCACUUAUAAAGUUUAUAAAGGAUAUUGAUAAUAUAUCCUACGAGACUGAAAAUAGGAGGGAGUGGUGUACAAGUAACAGAAAACCAGCACCUUGCUUCCUUUUUGCAAGGAAGUUUACACGUGGAGCUGGUCUGAAGCUUCUUAAUUCAUCAUUGAUAGCAGCAAAAUGAUCAAUAUAGUCGCAGGGGCAACUGCCUUUUAAUGGUUUCACCCUUAUGAGAAUACUGUCAGUUCAUAUAAAUGUAAAGGAAGGUACCGGCCUACGGGGGAGACAGAAGACAUCAGCGAUUUUUUUUGUUUGUUCACUGUGUGGGUAUCAUUUUACAAUUUGUUACUCCGUGGAAAGGUACAAUGCAUGUUGUAAAGCAAUAACUUUGUUUCUUUAAGUACCUAGGCUAGUACAUCAGUUAACCAUGACUCAGCAUUGUAACAACAGUCCACCAGCUGUUCAGCAUUCUGUUUCAUCAGAACUAUGGGACCUAGUACAGUAAAAACGGUCGACUCCUUUUUGA